UAUAGUCGGCUAGCGUCAGCCGGUGUUGCUCCUCCCCUCUCCUCCACUUUCUUAUUUUCUUUCCUUCCACCCUCCACCAUCCACCAUUUCCUGGCGUUUGUUUUCGCAACAAGAAAGAGGAAUAAAAAACAUAUAAGGCAACUCCUACAACCCAAUUAUUCUCCACCUCCACCCCAUUCUUUCUUCUGAGUUCUUCUAUUCGAUAUUUUCCUCCAACUCGGUGUCGUGAAAACAUCCGAGCGUUUUCUCCAGCAAAACGCCGUUGGAUUCUGUAAUGGAGGCGGCGGAAUGAUCUGAUCUCGCGUGAGAUCUGAUCCCCCUCUAAAAUUGGUAAAAACGUAGGAGACAGAUAGGGUCGGUACGUCUGAGAAGAUGAUGCCGAUGAGGAGGAAGGGGGCGUCGCCGGCGAACGCGAAGGCGGCCUUCGUCCCGCUCAACGAAUCCCCGAUCGCCUCGGUGGACGAGUGGGAGGUCCGGCCCGGUGGGAUGCUGGUCCAGAAGCGAGACCCCGACUCCGUCCCCGCCCCCGCCCCUACGAUUCGCGUCCGCGUCAAGUACGGCGCCGUCUACCAUGAGAUCUAUCUCAGCUCCCAAACCACCUUCGGGGAAUUGAAGAAGCUGCUGUCGCCGAGGACCGGGCUGCAUCCAGAGGACCAGAAACUGAUAUACAAGGGCAAGGUGAGAAGCUCCAAAGCCUAUCUGGACCUCUCCGGCGUGAAGGACGGUUCCAAGAUGGUGGUGGUGGAGGACGCGGCCGCGCAGGCUAAGCGCUUCCUGGAGACGCGCCGCCAGGCCAAGAUCGACAAGUCCUCCAAAUCCAUCUCUCAGAUCGGUCUCGAUGUCGACAAACUCGCCUCCGAGGUAUCUGCAUUGGAGACGGUCAUAUCCAAAGGUGGCAGAGUCCCGGAGAAAGAUGUGGUGAACCUCAUCGAGCUGUUCAUGACUCAGUUGGUCAAACUGGAUGGCGUCGUCGCCGACGGCGAUCUGAAGCUGCAGAAAAGAAUGCAGGAGAGGAGAAUGCAGAGGUAUGUGGAGACUCUGGACGUGCUCAAGAUCAAGAACGCGAUGCCGAGGGCGGCCAAUGAGCAAAUGCUGGAACGGCAGCCGCAGAAGCAGCAACCGCCGGCGAAGAAGCGAGCGCCGCCGUCGGUGGUGGUGACGACGAAAUGGGAGGCGUUUGAUUCGCUGUUCUCGCCGACCGCCGCCUCGACGGCAACCUCGACCGCCACCACGGCCUCCGGCAGCUCCACCGUGUCGUCAUCCGCUUCCGCUCCCGCCCCAAAGCUCGAUUGGGAAUUAUUUUGAGGACAGAUAGAUAGAUAGGAAUAAUCUGGUUAGGAGAACUUUGCCCGGUGUCAGGUGGGUGGACGGUGUCGUAUAUGCUUGGGUUUGGUUGGUCUCCAUUUCUUUUCUUCUAUUUAAAAAAAAUACUUUUUUGUUCUUUUAGUUUUAUUUCAUAAGAAAAGGCCUCCUCUACAAUUCGUUCAUUUGUGUAUAUCUAGAAUGUAGAGGAGGUUCUGGUCUGUAAAACUCCUCUAUUGGGAUCCAUGUUAGAAAUAAAUGGGUUUAUGUUAUGAU